AUGUCACUGGGAAGAAUGCAAAAAAUUAUUUGUGAUAAUCCGAGUUUCAUUAACGAAAAACCACCUUAUAGACGCUAUUAUUUAGUUCAUCAUCUUGUUUGUAUCGGAAUGGUGAAAACGUUUCUUGAUUUUCAAAGUUUAUCGAAAUGCGAAUUUGAUCUAAAUUUGUUAGCAGAUGGCAAAAGUAUCUAUCAAAUUGCAUAUGAAUGGGGAAGUUUUAAUUUUGCUGACGUGAUUAAAGAACAGAAUCCAGACUUAUUAUAUCAAAUAUACGAGCCAUCAGUUGAAUGUUUGAAUAAUGCAGAAAUUUAUACAAAUAUAAUUCAACAAAAAUCCUUUUUAUUCGCUGAUGAAAACUAUGAUCCUCAUAGCACUGGUAAGAAGAAAAAUAGAACAGAAUUUCUAGCAGAAUUAGAGGAAAACGAGUCGUUAUCAUCAUCAAAACAAAAGCAAAUCAAAUCAAACAAUCAGGCUCGAAUCAAACAAUCGUUCUCCAAUGAAAACUGA